AGCCAUUGCUGACUUUGUAGUGUACAGGAUCGGAGGUGGGAGGGUGCAUGCAUGCUAUAAUGCAGUUGAGGUGAUAUCCGAUAAUGAAAAUUAUUGAAUAUAUACAUGUAAAUUGUACGUCGAUCCGGAAACUGCACAACUGCUGACUAUGACUAUAGAAGCAUAUUCAGAAGACAGACACAAUGUAGCGGUUACUGGCGAUCGACAUGUAGCCGGCUACAUGUUUCCGAUUUCUUGCUGUCGAUGCCUCCGCUGACUUAAAUGGUGGCCCGGUGAGAUCAGAUCUUUCGAGAAAUAAAAGGUAUACAACAAGAAGACCCACAGUUAAUCCUCCAGUCUGCUGAUAUGAGAAACCCUAGAAGGUCUGCAUGAUGAUGGAGAUGCUCCAGUACAUAAGCUGGCUGUGCUUGGUUGGUCUCUUCCUAGCCUCCUUACUAAUUGUGUUGGCCUGGCUGAUCCAGUACUCUCUGACAGUGCUACGAUCCCGGAGCCCAAAGUCACUCACCCAGAGCCCGGGAGCCACAUUCAGGCAACUCCCCUCUCUCCGCCCCUCCCACCAGAUCUUGGCUGGAGGAGUGUGGGGCAGCCUGCUGAAGCUUUGUUUCGGCCGGGAUGGAAGAGGAGCUGCUUCUGAAGCGGGUGUAAAGGGUCUGCUCACAUCACUGUUCUCCUUCAAGUCUUUCCGGGAACACUGGCAGAGAGCAUGGGUCAAAGCGCUCAAUGAACAAGCCUACAGACAAGGGAGUUCAAUCCAGAUUACCUUUGACAACAGUAGCCAGCUUCCUGCCUCUGCCACCAUAGAUAGUGUGGCAUGCAUAGGCCAAUCCACAAGCAGUAUGGUCUUACAUUGUAAAUGUGCAGUUGACACAGUAACAUUCCCAGUUACUGUCACCCAGCAGUCCCCUGUGGCAGUUUCCAUGGACACCUACCAGAUCACCAUAAAACCAAUGCUGGCCCAGUUGGUGGUGCGUCUGGAGGAGGUAGAAGAAGAAGGUCUGCUGGUGUCCUGGACCUUCUCCCAACAACCCAUCUCCCUCACCCUGGCCCCAUGCAAGAUUCAGAGAGAAGACAGCGAUACAGAAGUAGACCUGGACAUGAUUGGAGACCUGGUGGAGGAUACUCUGUUCAGUACACAGCCAGCUAUGAUCGUCAACCUCAGGGCCUGUGUGUCCAGCCCUUCGUUCCCCAGUGGAACCGGUCUGACCCCGGCGGCUCUGACCCCCCCAUCCCAGAGUUUAGCCCCCAUAAGAAGGCUCCUGCUCCGCCAGCUCAGGGGAACCUGCCUCAGAGCAGCCCGGUCCAUUUCAGGAGAGCUGUGUUGUACUGUCAGCCUGGACCAGCCAUCUACAGAAAAGAGGACCCGCUUCCUGCCUGCACCUCCUGGCCCUGAUACCUCAUUGGACUGGAACGAGGACAUCACAUUGGAUCUGGAUCCAGAAACCAAAGAGCUGAGAGUAAAACUGUUGGAGAAGACUGCCAAAGGGGAACAAUUCAUGCCUGGCUUUGCCAGUUUACCACUGGACCUCCCCCGCAGAGCUCCUACUGGUCAGCAUGUAUUGUCAGUCAGCCCAGGGCAUGGCCUGGCACCCAAUGCUACAGUCACCUUGGAGCUGGUGUACCUGGAAACAACGGAAACCUGUGGAGCUCAUAACGCAAAUCCUGUAUGCGCUUCCAUCACCCCAUCCAAGAAGGUGGAUGUGGACCGGACCAUCAUGCCUGAUGGGACCAUCGUCACCACAGUGACCACCAUUCAGUCAAGACCCAGACUGGGCCAACUAGGUACAGUAGAUGAAUCUCCCACACGGUCCAUGUCUAAAGUGGAGGUGACAGAGAAAGGGCCCACAAUCCUUGUUGAUAGCUGUCAUAGCAGGACCAGCUCCAGCUUUACACUCAGCAUGGACAGUCCCCUGUCGAAUGGGCUGGACCCGGUGGCUGACACGGCCAUAAGACAAUUGACUGAGAAUGCUAGCAAGGUGGCCAAGAAGACUCCCACUAAACGGAGCACGCUUAUCAUCUCUGGCGUGUCAAAGGUCCCUAUCUCAGAGGACGACUGUGGCAUGUCUUGUGGCUACGCUGCAGCCAUGGAUGCUGCCCUGCAAGAAGGAGAGGCCUCCAACCACUAUGGGGCAGGGCAUCAUCAGGAAGCAGACGAGACCACGCCCUCUGAUGUGUCUGAGCGCCCAUCUGUUGAUGAUGUGGAGUCUGAAAUGGGCUCAACCGGGGCCCUGGAGACACGCAGCCUCAAAGACCAUAAAGUGGGCUUCCUACGCAGCGGAACCAAGCUGCUGUUCCGUAGAAGACAUCAAAAGAAGGACCCAACCUUCAGCCAAUCCCAUGAGGACUUGUCCAACAUGGCUAGUGACUCUACUUCCUCAGCCUCUUGCACUGCCGGACGCAAGAAGUCUGGCAGCUUUUCCCGAAGACUCAUCAAACGCUUCUCUUUCAAGUCGAAGGACAAAACCACUGCCACCAAUGGAGGAGCAAGCACUGCCGACAACUGACAGGCUGAUAGGUGUAGUGGAUGGCCAAGCACAUUGCUGCUGCCGUCCUGAGAUCUGGAAGUAAGCUGCUGUCAGUCCUGGAUCCGGAAACCACUGUGGCUUAUAUCUGGGUUAACGGUAUUGGAUUUGAACAGGUUUUAGAACUGCUUGAAGUGGUUGGAAGACUGUUACUGUCCGUCAUCUUGCCCCAAAUUUUCUUCCUAUGUGUUCACCAACAGAUGAGGAAUCCAGCUUUGACAUGCAGAUAACUACCGAUGGGUGGCCAUCUGUCCAACCUCUCUUACCUCAGAUGAGAAAUACACUGCACCUUCAGGGAUUGAUGGAUGGAUCCAGAGACUGUUUCUUAUCCAGACUAUUUGUUUUCAAAAGUUCCACCUUAAUCUGCUGGUUGUAAAGGGAACAUUUUGAAGUAGCAAUUAACUUGAAGUUGAUGGAAUGAAACUAUGCUGUAGUGAGCAAAAGGGAGCACAAUCUAGUUUGCAUCUGACCAGAAACUAAAAGGUUUAUAUAUCAAAUCCCAAACCUGAUAAGUUAAAACAAAUGUUGUUCAGCCUUUUGCGCUAGAUAGCCAACUAGAAUUGAUUCCCAGGCACCCAGUGUGGCCCAUUUCGGAGCGGUUUGAUUAAAAGCGGAAGUUAUGUUUUAGUUGGAUCUUGUGUGCAAUUGAUGGCUGAGCAAUUUAAUCCUUUAAUUUAAUCUAGUUGGUAGGUACAUGUUAAUCUAAAACUGGAUUUCUUGGUUGCACAUUGGAAAUGUAUCAGAUUGUUUACAGCACUCCGAAGCUUAUUCUGGUGUUCAUUCCAUUGGUAUGUGUAAUGUUUGCAUUCUUAUAAAAAAUAAGUAGCAUCCUGUUUCCCUCAAAUAGUAAUGGUUGGUACUUUGCAUUAUAUAGGCCUAUUAAAGACAUGACUUUGUGAGCUUCCUGUUUAGUUUUAAAGUUAAUCUAAAAAAAACUUAGUUGAAGAACAAAUCAAGCCUUGGACUUGGUGUUGACUUACAGUGGCUUAAUUUUUUUAAAGAUUUUCAUCCUUCUGACCUAUACAAAAAUAAAAAUUGGAACAGAAAAUUUUAAAGGCAAAGUGUUAUUUAAAAAAUGGUAAGUAUUUAGAAAAAUAAUCUGGUUUGAAACUUCUAGAUGUGGAUCUGCUACAGUAGGCAACUUAAAAUUCCUCACUUGCCUUGAUAAUUAAAAUUAAUUUGGUAAAUAUUAUUCCAUUUAAUGUAAUACAAAACAUUGACAUUAACAAAGACAAUGUAUUAAUUUUCCCCUUUUCACUUUCCCUCUUUUUAGAUGUCAGUCUAUUAGGACAGGUGAUGUUGCUUACACUUAGGCUUAUCAAAGUGUAAAAAUGUACAUAUAAGUAGUUAUCUUAUACAGUAUUGACAUGAUUUUGUUCAUCUUACAAAACACAUUGUCAAUCUGAAGCACUGUAAAACAGCACAAAGAAGUUAUUUUGAUUUGCUCUUAAAAUGUUUAUCUCUUGUCUCUACACUGAUUGGUUGCCGCAUAAGGAAAAGUGGUUGAGAUGUAGUAGUCAAGGAAUUAUUGUUAAUUCUACCCAACCUAUAUCUUUGCAGCUAAACUCAGAAUUCCUCAAAAUGGAUACUGUUUGCCAAGAUAUAUACCUUAAGUUUAAUUUAUGGUUUGUAAUUGAGGUAACAAAAUGUUAUUGGUUGAAAACCAUAGAAAAUACUAAUCUAAUGUCUGAAGACAUUGUCAAUGUUUUAUCUUCUUUUUGAGAUUUUCCAAGUUGUCCAACUUGGUCCUCACUGUGUUGUCAUGUGAAAAAAACAAUAACCUUAUUAACUUUUGAUUUUUAAUAUGUUUGAUUCUCUUCUCUGAUGUGGUCAUUUAAUUUAUUUGCAAUAAAUUAUUUUUGA